UUUUACUAAGGAAUGCACUCUCUGUGGGCGAAUUUGGCGGGUUUAUUUCCAUACCAGCUUGGACGCGAUGCUGUUUCAAAUGCCUCCAGGAGUCUCCGGAGACACAAGUGCGGACUCUUGCCUGGGUCCGAAAGCAAUUACACAUGGCCAAAGCUGAAUUGGGUCAACUGAGAUCGUUCAAGUCCUUGCCUGGAUUAUACUCGAUGGAUGAAUCCGUGCAGGAUUCCCGCAUUACGAUCAUUUCUGUUCAUCAGGCUGCUUUGGCUUCCAGACCGCAAUCGCACCCACUUCCGCAAGUCCAACCAGGGAGCUCGGACCGAGAUCAGAAGUUCAACUUCAUGGGAUCAUGUGCACUCCCCUAUUACGACAAGGAAACUGGCAGCGUUGAGCACGGAGUUUCAUGUGCCGGGUGCCAACUUGCCAUUGAGAAAGAAAUCAUCGGCACCAGGGGUACAAAAUGGGGGUACGACGCUCGAGACAAAGUAUAUGUGCAAGACGGCUUUCUGGGCCACUUUCGAUGGUGUGAACAGGCACAGUUACUAUGGAGGUCGAGUGGCGAAGCCACAUCAAGAUACUGUGGGGUAUAUCAGUCAGGUUAAGGCCUAUACCAAACGUUGAUCAACGGUUUGGU